AUCCAUCAUGGCUACGAACAACCCUCAGCUCUCUUUCGAUUCAAAGUCCCUUCCAAUUGCUCAACUUGAGCUCUUAAAAUUCAAGGCUAACCAAAUUAUUGAAUCUAUCCAGACUCUACAGCGCACAAUCGAUGUCGGCGGACAGCAAGCCAUGCCCGCUUGGCCAGACAUCCUCUCCAAAUACAAUGUCAUCCUCUCCCAAACACAUAGCUUUUCACAAUCCCUAUCAUCGCCUCAGGCUCAGUCCCAACUCGUCCAGGCGCAAGCCAGACUCAGCUCCAGCGUGUACGAGAAGAUCGCUCUGCAUCCAAGCGUCGGAAUGACGGAUGCUCAGCUCGACAAUGACCUUAUUCCUCUCUUGCGUAAUCAGCAGACGACGGACGUGCUGAAUAUGGAGACCGCUACUGUCCGGCGUCUGGCGGAGUGUAUGGCCACCCGUGGCGCCAUUGCCACCAACGGCGUUCAGACUAACCUUCCUCCUACCACGGGUAGUCGGGUGACACACGAGGAUGUGCUCCAGGAAUGCGAGGAGAUACGGAGUGCACACGAUCACCGUGUCGAGCGCGCUGUCAGGGCUGUUAUGAUGCUUAGAGACAAGUUUGAGUGGAAACAACGCGUCGAAGUGGAGGUGGAAGAGCCGGAAGAGCUUGAAUGGGAUCCACGUACGGGGCACGGGGACGCUCAGAUGAUCAAUGAAACAGAAAUAGCAGUGAGUCCUGACAAUGGGGAGCUCGGAGAGGGACAAAGUAGCGAUGAGGAAGAUAUUGUAGAAGGUGAACUCACGGGAAAUGAUGGUCCAACCCCGGUUGCUACUCCAGCUGCAGUAGAUGUUGAGAUGACUUCCGCUGAUGCUUCAUAAUGAUGUACUCAUCCCGGUAGGUAUCAAAUCCAUG